UGCAUGACUGCAUGCGCUCAUAAUUGAUAAUUCAUAAGUAUAAGACCAUACUUUGGAGUGAAAAAUAUGAAAUAUUGAACCGGUAGAUAUUUGAUUGGUUAACUAAUUGAUGAAGGCAAUGGAGGAAGAAAAGAUUGGUGAAUUCUGCAAAUAUUCGCACCAUUUGGACUUGGACACUGGGCUAGUGAAGAACUAUGUUGAUCUGAAGAAGACACAAUUACCUGUCGGCAGACGCCAUGAUUCUUCAAAAGAAGAUAUUACUCCUGUUCAUCAUGAGGAUCUGGUUAGAGAAAUUGCUCUUCUGGAGCUGGAUAUUAUGUGUUUGGAGAAGUAUCUUCUUUCAAUGUACCGGAAAACAUUCGCAAAGCGGUUAGAAUCACUGUCCAUGAAGGAUGAGAGAACAAAAACUAAUUCAACUGCCAAUGAAAAGAAGUUUGCAGAAGUCAAGGAGCAAAAUGACAAGUUGAAGGAAAAUCCAAUGACUGAUAUUACUAGUCCCGUUUUGCCAUCUUUGAGUAAUCCACUCAAAGAAUGUGAUGAUGACACACAAAGACUAGUUGACUCUACAAUUUUGAGAUGCCACUCUUCCCUAUCACAUGCUGCUUGUUCAUUCAGAGCUUCUUCACCUUUAGUUGCAGCUCUUCCUGAUGCUGUAGACUCAUACCAUUCUAUGCCUUUAUCAAUGCUGGAGCAUGCUCAGCCAUCAACUUCAAACAGGAGUCUCACGGAGCAUCAUGUAACUAGUUGUUCUGAUAGUCUUUAUCGUAACUCACCAAGCCGGUUGUCUGAAGAAAUGGUCAAGUGCAUUUCCGGUAUAUAUUGUCAGCUAGCAGAUCCGCCUUUGUUCAGCCAUGAUUUAAGUUCGUCUCCCAUCUCAGUCUCAUCAUCAACGCUGGAAUCUUUUCCCCAAGCUCAGAGUUAUAUGCAGGGACAUCAAAGCAUAGAAAAUACAUUUUCCGAUUCAUUGAACAAUCCGUUCCGCUUUGACGACACAAAGGGAUUUAGCAGAUUCUUUGUUAGAACGGUUGAGGUUCAAGGGCUGCGUCGAGAUAGCCAGAGCUUAGAUGGUCUUGAGCAAAUGCUAAAAGAAUUCAGGUACCUAGUCUCGAAAUUGGAAGAAGUCUCCCCUAAGGAAAUGAGACAUGAAGAGAAACUUGCUUUUUGGAUUAAUGUCCACAAUGCACUAGUAAUGCAUGCAUUUUUAGUUCAUGGGAUCCCAAGAAGUAAUCUCAAGAGGACAUCUCUACUUCUUAAGUCAGCUUAUAAUAUUGGAGGGUAUACUGUAAGUGUGGACAUGAUUCAGAAUUCUAUACUACGAUGCCAGUUGCCUCGUCCUGGUCAGUGGCUUCACUCUUUGUUCUUUACGAAACAAAGAUUUAAGGCUAGUGAUGCACGAAAGGGAUAUGCAAUAGAGCAUCCAGAUCCUCGUCUACGCUUUGCUCUUUGCUCAGGAAACCAUUCUGAUCCUGUGCUUCGUUUGUACACAUCGAAGAGAGUUUUCGAAGAACUAGAAGUGGCUAAAGAUGAUUACAUUCAGGCAAACAUAAAGUUACAGAAAGAAGAGAAACUAGUCCUUCCAAAGAACGUGGAAUCUUAUAUAAAAGAGGCGAAUUUGAGCUCAUCUAGUUUGUUCGAAACGAUAGAGCUAGCAUUACCUUCUUAUUUAAGGAAGAAAUUUCAGCACCCCGAGCAACGAAAAUUGUGGAAGAAAAUUGAUUGGAUUCCUCACAAUUUCAGUUUCCGUUACCUUAUUUCAAGUGAAUUGGUUGAGUGAGUAUCGCGGUUUUGAAUGCCAGUGGAUGUUUGAAUAGCAACUCUUCCUGUACUAGUUUCAUUCACAAUCUCUCCUACUUUCCACAGCUCUCCCUGUGGAUCGAACCAUCUUUUUAGUCGUCCUCUACUCUACAACUCAGUUGAGCUCUUUUGGCUUUGAGAAAACAAGCAACUCAAGAUCAUGAAUAUGUUAAAAGGGGUUAUUCAGAUUGAGAUGUGGUUCAAUUUUGUGAAAUAUUUGAGCUGCUUGUGUAACACUGUGCUAGAAUUGUUAUUCAACUGUAAUUCCUAAUGAGUGUGUCCUCACUGUUGCUGUAGUUUUUAACAAUUUGGAUGUGUAUUGUCUGAUUUUUUUCC